AUGGCAACCCCCGUCGCGCUGUCGCGCGCACCCGGCUUGCGCGGCACACGGGCGCACGAGGGGAGGAUAUGCGCUGCUGGAGGGGGAAGGCGGAGAGGCGGCAGCGCGCAGCAGGAGAAGGGCGGACGGACUGGGGGAAAGGAUGGGUUGAAAGCGGGGAAGGGGAAGGGUGAGGGGAGGUACCGAGGGGGAGGGGCGGCGGAGAGGCAGACCCUCAGGGGGCUGAUUACGCUUGAGCGGGAGUUGGAAGGAGGAAGGCAAGGGGAGGUUGCGCAAGGGGCGGCGGAGGGGGAUGGCAGGCGCGGAGGGCAGGGGGGGAAGAAAUGGAAGCGUCGGGUUGUGCUUCUGCGGUGCGACCUGAGUGACCUGGUGGAGAGGGGGGUUGUGGGGAAAGCGGAGGAGGGGGAGGGGAAGGGGGAAGGGGGAGGGGAGGGGGAGGGGGAGGAGUGCGAGGUGCGGAGUGUGGGCAGUUUGAGGCUGAUGCUGCACGAGUGGGCGCGGAAAUAUGCGCUGGUGGUGGUGGUGGCGGGAGAGUGGGCGCCUGACAUGGCCUCUCAACCUGCUGUUGCUGCCCUGCUAUCCGCGGCAUGCGGCCUGCCCCAGUCCCAGCCUGUCCAGGUCGCGCCUCUGCACUUCGCCCCUCUCGUCUCGCCCCCACCACCAACAACCCCCACCACCACCACUCAACCAGCAACCACCUCCAAUCCCCCCUCACGCCCACGCCACUCCCCUCCCCUCACCCCUCCCCCUCCUCGCGUCCUGCUGCUGCCCAACCUCCGCCACGUGUCAUCCACCGAUGCCGCCAACUCACCCACCCUAGCUACCACGCUGGCAGGCGUGGCAGAAGAACCAGAGAGCGCAGCAGCACACCAGGAGCUGCAAAGCCCAGCGGCUCUCUCCUCCUCCGCGGCCCCCUCCCUCUCCACUGCCAACAUCCGCACCUCCUCUGUCCCGUUGGUAGAUCUCGUGGUGCUGGAUGCCCCUUCCGCGUGCCACCGCGUGCUGGCGUCAUGCGUGGGCGUGGCAGCAGUGGUGGGGCGAGCCGUGGCCGGGCUGAGAGUGGAGCGCGAGCUCAUGGGGGUGCUGGGGGGCUUGAGGGAAGUGGGGGAAGUGGGGGAAGUGAGGGAAGUGGGGGACGUGGGGGACGUGGGGGACGUGGGGGAUGUGGGAGUGUUGGGCUUGAUGGGGAGAGGGGAGGCUGGAGAGGUGAGUGGUGGUGAGGGGCGCAGUUCAGUGGUGACGGUGGUGGGAGUGGCGAGCAUGGGUCGCAGUGGUGCGUUGAUUCGUGCCCUGCUGCCUCGCUGCCAUGCCCUUGUGCUCUCCGGCCCUGGGUUACCAGCCCUGCUCGCUGCUGCUGCUUUUUCGGGCCAAUCACGUCCCUCGGGAGCUUCAAGUGGUCCAGAUGGUUGUGAGUUCCACCUUACGCGCCUGCGUGAGUUCCCUGCCCUCGCCACACUACACUGCAACGAGACACAAGAGAAAGACAAGGCAGCAGAGAGCGAGGAGGCAGCGACAGCAGACAAGGUCCCACAUACCCUCAUCUCGUCCCUCCUAUCUGCUCUCCCCCGCCCUUCCCCACAAGCCCUGGCGGAAGCCUCUGUCUUCCUCUCCUCGCUGCCCACUACCCUCCUCUCCCGCCUUGUGCUGCCCGUUGCUGUGCGUGCUGUACCUGCUACCCACGGCACCACCACUCCUACUCACUCCCACCAGCUCCCGAACCACCACCAGCAGCAGCAACAGCAAGUGGAGCUGUGUGCUUCAAGCAUUGAAGACAUCGCUCGCCUCUGUGCUGCCCUCAACUGCCAGGUCCGCACCCCCCUCUCCUCAUGCCCCCCAAUUUCUCCGCAUGCCCCCCCUCUUCGCCUCAUUCCCCCCCCCCCCCUUUCUCCUCAUGCUCCCCCUUAUCUGCAUGCUCCCUCAUGCCUCUCACCACAGUGCUACAAUUGCAUUUCCCCCCACCCUUCCACAUUCACUCUCCUCCCUUUCAUUCUCCCCCCUUGGAUUGGAUCCCAACAGACUGUGCCACUGCCGCCUCCUGAUUGGUCCACAGUCUUCCUUGAUCCCUCGCUCCCUCUCACUGUUGACAUCGGUUGUGGCAACGGGCGCUUCUGUCGCAGCAUGGCUUGGCGGUUCAGAGGGUCGAGGAACUUCCUUGGGGUCGAGAUCAACCGCCAUUUGGUGCGGAAAGCACUCUCACUAGCUGCCGGCACUUCCCCAACGCAUGAUCAGGACGCGGAGUGCUCUGGCAGGGACACCCGAGAGCAGCGCAGGGAGCACCCACCCAGCAACGUGUGGUUCAUCCAUGCCAACGCCACCACUUCUCUGCACGCACUGCUAAUCGGCUACCCUGGCCCCAUCAACCUCAUCACCAUCCAGUGCCCGGACCCAGACUUUGCAGCGAGCAGGAGAGCACAGGAGAGAGGCACAGCACACGUGCACCGGUGGGGCAUGCUCACCCCUGCCCUCGUGGCUGCCAUGCUUGCUCUGCUGCAUCCCUCCGGCAAGAUUCUCAUCGAGUCAGACAUUGAGGAGGUCGCCACGCGGUUGACGUGUGAUGCCAUUCAAUGGGUUUUGAAAGUGAAGAAGAAAAAGAAAAAGGCGACGAAGUCUGAGAAAGCAGCGGCGAUUGCGGAGGAAGAAGCAGGAAUCGCGGCCGACGCGGAGAGUGGAGCGGCGGACGAUGCGGCCGACGCUGAAGUGGCGCGAGACGAGGGGGACGAGGAGGAAUCUCGAUUGGUUAAGAAGAAGAAGACGACAAAGAAAGCGAAGAAAACUAAGAAUACGGGAAGCAAGAAGGCGGUUGAGUCUGUGAGGGAAGCGGAGGGGGAAGAGGAGGCGGAGGGGGGAGAAGUUGCGGAAACGGGGAGGAGAGCGGGUAGGAAGAGCGGAGAAGGGGGAAGCGGAAAUGGAGAGGACGGGGAAGGUUUUUCCGCAGUGGAUAAGGCGAUGGCGGAGGCGGAAGCUGUGAUUGCGAAGAAGGGGGGAGAUGCGGAGGAGGGGGACGGGGCGGGGGAGGGGGAGCGACCGAAGAAAGUGAAGGGGAAGAAGAGUGGGGCGAGGGAGGCGGAUGGAGGGGAGGAGAAGAGUGAGGAGGAGGAAGGUGGAGAGGGUGUGAUAACGACGAAGUCAAGCAAGUCAAAACAGUCGAGCAAAUCAAGCAAGUCAACAAGGGCAGCAAGGGGGAAAGAGGUUGAAGGGGAGCCGCAGGAGGCGGAAGGCGAGGAGGUUGAAGGGGGUGAGAGGGGUGAGGGGGAUGAGGGAGAUGAGGGGGGAGCAGCGGGUGCAACGAGCACCAGAAAGAAAAAGAAGAAGUUGAAGAAGCAAACGGAGAAGGGUGGGGAGGGGGAGGCAGGAGCAGCGCGGGCUGCUGAGGACGAGGAGGAAGCAGGGCCGGGUGGGGAGGGCGAGACCACGAGAAAGAGCACGACGAAACGCAGGGGCGAGGGCAGGGACGAGGGCAGGGCGGAAGAAGGGGCAGGCAGAGACGCAGUGCGGGCCACAGCUGCAGCUGGUGCCACAGCGGAGGCAUCAGGUGGCGAGGAGAGAGAGGCCGCAGACGGAGCAGCGGCGGCAGGAGGUACGGGAAGAGGAGUCAGCAGGGGAGGGGAGGGCGUGGCGGAAGGCGGAGGAGGGGGAGGCGGGGGGGAAGGUGGGGGAGAGGGAGGUGGCGGAGGGCGAGCGGAGGAAGUGGGGUCAGAGGUGCAGGUGGCGUUCACGGGCCCACAGGACGUGAUGGACGUGCCAGUGGACGAGGAGAUGGUCUCCGUUGACCUCGAGGACAUCCCCCCUGAACCCCCCCAGCCCACCCCCGCUGCUGAUUCCGAUGCUGCCGGCGCUGCCGAUGCAGCAGGGAACGAGUCGCAGGGGGACACUGAGGGGCCGACUACCGGUGGUGGCGGUGCCGAUGGUGGUGUCACCUCUGCUGGGGAAGGUUUUGGGAAAGCAGUGGUGGCGGGUGGGGAUGCAGAGGAGGAAGGGGGGUUCCUUGCCCGCUGGUUCAUCGGCCGUGGGGCAGCAACGGUGGGCAGUGGCAGCUGGUUCGGCGGGAGGCAUGGCCCAGGUGCGGCGUACUCUGAGGUGGCUCGGCAGGAGGUGGAUUUGUCUGUUGCGUUUGGACAGCAGAUUCCGGGGGGAGGGAAGCAGGGAGCGGGAGGGCAGGGAGGGGUGGGGGGAGGAGCAGGAAGGAGCAGGGCAGAUGGUGGGUCAGAGUGGGAUGAGUGGGACGAGGAAUGGGGGGGUGCGAGAGAGGGGGGUGGAGGAGGGAGAGAGAAGGGGGUGGGGAGCGUGGGAAGUGGAGGAAGAGGAGUGGGUUCCGGGGAUGGGUAUAGUUCAGGGGAGGGAGGUAGGGGUGGGGUGAGGAAAGGGGGGAAACUGGUGGUGAGCAAGGGGGCAGGGGCAGCUGGCAAGGAAGGGUGGAAGUCAUGA